UAACAAUAUGGUGCAGUCUCAGCAGUCUGAUCGUGAUUAUCGACAGUAGUUCACUUGCACGCAAUUGUGUUGGUAUCAGUUUAUCCACGUUAGUCGAUAAAAGCAGUGAUUCUCUUUAAAAGUUCCAUUGAAAUAAUUGUUGGUGUUAUUACAAAAUUUGGGUUUUGAGUUGUGCGUUUUGGCGACAUAUCUAAUGUUGCAGAGAUGUAUGCGACAAUGGAAUCUAAUAAUCGCAAGCAAGUCAAUAGUAAAUAUCAAGCUAGGCCGUAUUGCCCAUGCUGGUCCAAAAGGUCUGGCCCAGUACCUUGGAAGAACCUAAACCUUUGCACAUGUGGUGAAGAACAGAACUUAAAAGAAUGGAGUUGGGAGAGGCCUCCGUACGUCGGUUCCAGCUGGCUCGUCCUCACGAAUGACCUCAAGCAGGUCACUUUUCAUCCAUUCUAUAGUUCGGGUACUGCAGUGGUCCGGGGAAACUGCCCAAUGAUUCAUAACUACCAUUAUUAUUGGGAAAUUAAAAUGUUAACUGAUACAUAUGGUACUGAUAUUCUCAUAGGCGUCGGCUCGAACAAAGUGAACAUAAGCGAUCCUCAGUUCACGUUCACGUCUCUAAUAGGACAGGACGAGGAAUCGUACGGACUCUCCUACACGGGCGCCGUGCGUCACAACUCUAAAGUCACCAGAGACUCAGUCGGCUUCUGUCGCGGCACCAUCAUCGGAGUCCGGGUCGACUUGUGGAAUGGAACGUUGGAGUUUUACGUCAACCGUGAGCCGCAAGGUAUAGCGUUCUACAAUCUCCGUCGUCACCAAGUCCUGUUCCCGAUGAUCAGCUCGACCGCGGCCCAGUCGAGCAUGAAGCUGAUCUACGCGGCGUCGUGGCAGGCCUCGCUGCUCGUCGACUCGGCCAAGAUCCUGGCCGCCUCCAUCAAGAACAGGAGCCUCAUGCGCCCGAAACUGCCGCCUGGUCUCUGGCAGACCCUGAGGAGACAAUUCUGGCUGACCCUGCCUACUGAAGGUUGUUUCGUUGAUGACACCGAUGUUGAUAUAGAACUGGAAGCAGCAAAGGCGAUGCCCCUAUCAUCCGGCAUGAAGAGAAAGCACUGGCUGAAGCCGAGCUCAACCUGCCUGUUCCUUCAGAAGAACACAGACAGCAGAUGAUGUGCCUAGGUUUCGGGGCAGGCUUGUUGAGACUGAUACGAAUUAAUCGCAUUUAUUUAACAAUCACAAACAAGAACGCGCUGUGCCAUGUAUAUAUUUCACAUGUAACUGAUUAAAAUGUCAAGAAAUACUCAACUACCCUCGCUCUUUUUUUUUUAAAUUUUAUUAAGUUUACCAAAUUUUUUGUUACGGUUAAAUCCGAACGAGUAUUGAAUUAAAUAAAUAAAUAAAUAUUUACUAACAAUCACGCCACGUUAACUGGUCCCGUGAUAAGUUC